AUGGCGUUUGACAAGCUGCCCGAGGCUUGCCCAAUCGGUAACCGGCGAUUUCAGACAGAAGACACUGAAGACCCCAUUCCGCCUCAACCCUUUCCACUCCACUCCACCUCAUCCCACCUCAACUCCACUCCACCCCACCUCACCCCUCUCCACUCCAUUCCACCCCAUCCCACCUCAACUCCACUCCACCCCAACCCACUUCCACCACUCCGCUCAACUCCACCCCAUCCCACUCCUAUCCACUCCAUUCCAUCCCACCACACACCCCACUCCUCUCCACUCCACUCCACUUCAUUCCACCCCACCUCACCCUCUCCAUUUCACUCCACCCCAACUCAUCUCCACUCCACUCUACACCACAUCACCACUCUCCACUUCACCCCAACCCAUCUCCACUCCACUCUACCCCACCUCACCCUCUCCACUCCACUCCACCCCACUUCACCCUCUCCACUCCACUCCACCCCACCUCACCCUCUCCACUUCUCCACCCCAACCCAUCUCCACUCCACUCUACCCCACAUCACCACUCUCAACUUCACCCCAACCCAUCGCCACUCCACUCUACCCCACCUCACCCUCUCCACUCCACUCCACCUAACCUCACCCUCUCCACUUCACCCCAACCCACCUCCACCCCGAUAUCCAAUGGGCGACCUUACACUUUUAAUUGUCCAUUACGACACGCUGCUUCGCUUGGUGAUGAAAGAACGAGAACAACUAUAG